CGUUGUCGCCCUGGCUACGAUAACUAUGUUACAAUUUAAUAAUAAUUCUAUUUUGGUUGUCAACAUUCAGUUUUUGCUAGCUCUAUUUAGAAAUUUGAGUGCUGCAAGGAAUCUAAGUGGCAUCAGAAAUCUGAUCACGACUACAUAAUGGCGGGAUCUGGAGUUGCCAAGCAGAUAUUUGCCCUCGAUUUCGAGAUCUUUGGACGAGUGCAAGGUGUGUUCUUCCGCAAACACACGUCGCAUGAGGCUAAAAGAUUGGGAGUUAGGGGCUGGUGCAUGAAUACCCGGGAUGGGACCGUCAAGGGACAACUGGAGGCUCCUAUGAUGAAUUUAAUGGAAAUGAAACAUUGGCUGGAGAACAACCGAAUUCCCAACGCUAAGGUCUCAAAGGCUGAAUUUUCGCAAAUCCAGGAAAUCGAGGACUAUACGUUCACUUCCUUUGACAUAAAACAUUAAAAACGAAUUAUUAGCUCUUUCGUUGUCCAUCCAAUUCCGAAACAAAGUCUAAAUAAAUUACCAGGGCUGCAACUUGCGUAAGCAGGCAUAUCUGCAUUGCUAUCGACUGAGUCGAUAACAUUCGAUAGUAUGAACAUAAGAAAUAUUACGUUUCGCAAAACUG